AUGACCACAUUCUGGCGUCAUCGUAACAUAUUCGUCGGUCUAGAACCGAGAGUUAUUAACAUUUUAUAGAAAGAAACCGAAAGCCUGAUGUCGCAUGAAUCAUCCAGUUGUCACAGAGGCUAAAGCUUACUGGAUAAAUACAAAAGUUGAAGCCAACUUUUAUUGACAUUUUUUUUUGUUGAAUUUUUCUGAUAAUUCCAGUAAAUAGUUAUUUUUUUCUCACAAACAUUUAACUAUGAAUGCGGAUCGUAAGCUAUUAUCUCUAAAAUACUUUUUGUUCUGAGAAGUACCUGCAGCAACAUUGACAUAAUCAUGAUCGUGACCAAACAAAUUUUGUCAUGCACAUUUCUGAAUGCAUAUCAAAAUUUGAUGAUUUUUUUUCUAGAGAAGAGGUAUUUGGGAUUUUUACAUAUUUGGAAUCAGCGUGAUGAGACAUUGAAUGUCUAUAACAGCUAUACUUAAUAAUAAAUUUAAAUUAAUUUUUGAUCAUCCUGGAUUUUGCUUCAUAUGCCCUGAUUAUUAAUUGAACUAAAAUUUGAACAAUUUUAUUUUUAGAUCCAACAUCUUGCGCAGAAAUUAAUUUUAAAAGUCCAUUUGCUUAUUGGACACUUGGCGUUGUCAGUGUUAUACUAACGAUAUUGGCUGAUGCUGGCAAUUUGAUUAAUUUGUUUGUAUUAACUAGACGACAUAUGAGAAGUACAAUGACAACACUAUUGGUCACGUUAGCCUACGCAGACUUAGUACCACCUACUGUUGUAUCUGUGAAUAAUAUCCUGUUUUAUCAUUUUUUGCCCAAAAUGGAAACAUCAUCAACAUUUCUAACAAGUCACAAUGUAUCAAAGCAUUUAUUUAAUUCAUUCGCAAAUAUUUUUACAACAUUUUCAAACUGGAUGAUAGUUCUAAUAACAACAUUUCGAUUGAUUGUGGUCAAGAAACCAUUGUUGGCUAAGAAUUAUUGUAAUCGUCGAACAGCUCGUUAUGCUAUUAUUUUAAUAUUUAUCUUAUCAUUCUUUGUCAAUUUACCAUUGUUUCUAUUUACUAGUAUUCAAUUGUAUUGUACUAAUGAUGGUAUAAAAUAUUAUGGUUUACAACGUUCAUCAAUUUUAAUGACAAAUUUUUUCUUACGUUCAUAUUAUCCAUUAAUGGUUUCUAUAUCACUAUUAAUACCAUGGUUAAUAUGUUUUUUUAUAUGGUUAUUUUUAAUUCGUGCACUCAAAGCUGCUCAAAAACAAUUACAAAAAAAGAAUAUAAAGACAACUUUUUCCAAUGAUCGUAAACAAGAUACAUUUUUUCGUAUUACACUUAUGAUUGUUUGUGUUCUAAGUGUUUAUAUGGUUUGUCGUUCAGCUCAUCUUGUUGAAGUUAUUCAUAUUUUAUUUCAAAGUUAUUUUCCAGUUAGUCAACUAUAUUUUACUGUGAUUCGUGUAAAAAUAUUGUGUAUAUCGAAUAUUAUGUUAACCAUAAAUCAUGGAGCUAAUUUUUAUAUUUAUUCAAUUAAUCCAAAAUUUCGUUUAACUUUGAAAUUGUAUCUAGUCUACUAUUUUCGUCGUUGUCGAAUUAAACGUCGUCGAGCAUUUACCUAUUUUAAUUUAAGACGUAAAAAGACGAAUGAUUCUCUCGAUGGUCUAAGCAUUCAAAAUGAUCCAUAUAUGAAUCGUUGUACAAUGUUAUCGCCAAAUUAUUGUUAUGCGAGUAGUUUAAGAAGUCCAAAUAAUUAUCUUAAACAAUUACAAGAAAUAUCACAAAAUCAUAGCUCUGAAAAAUCAUACGUCUGGCACGAUAUUGAAAAAAAACUAAAAAAUUCUCAAAAAAGACGUAAUCGGCGUUAA